AUGUCUGUCGAAGAACUUUCCAAGCUAUCGCUGGCGGAGACUAUGGUAACCACUCGAGCUGGUGCAGCUAGAGCACGAGCGGCACCCUCCCAGGAUACUCAGCAAUCCGCAUCCUCCAGCGAAGCGUCUUCGCCGACCCCUUCUCUCAUCGUUUCGACCAAUGGCCUUCAGUACGAUGUCUCCGAGUUCGAUGGGGACCUCCGCAAACGAGCUAAGAGAGGGCUGAUAUAUGAGGACAAUGACAUCGAAAUGAAGUUUUGCGAAGCGACUGAGGAUGACCCCAAGAAGUACCUAUUUCACCUGGCCGACGACAUUACCGUGGCCAUGAAUGGGGGUAAUACGCCGAAGUGUAGCUGUGGAGCAAACGAAGACGGGAGGGCAUGUAAACACAUUUUUUGGAUGCUGGGGCAGUUGACCUCCCAGGUGCAGAAAACGCAACCCCUUCAGUUGGCAAAAGAUGGAUCGACUGUACGAGACACGCGUCCGGCCGAGUUGAUAAAGAAAUAUGGUUUCGAGACCAUUGCAGGACAUCUUGACUGGCCCUUGCUAGAAGAAGAGCUGCCAGAGGAGGAAGAUAUGGUUGACGAGAUCGCCAAUAUGUUGUCUGUUUUCGAACCCACCGACGACCUCCCAGCGGAUUUCAAAAGCGAUGAGACGAGAGAUCUUUCCUCCCGGAAGUACCAGGAAUUCAAGGACCUCAUUGCCGAUCACGCCAAGAAAAACAAUGGGCUGUACAUCCAGCUUCAGGGGAUUAUUGAUCGAGCCUUCCGAGCACGUGUCUUCUUCGCGAAGAUUGACCACCGUAUCGAUCGAGCCUUCGACGCCUUUCAAGAAUACAUAGCCAAAGGCCCCACCCGUACCAACGCAGCACAAGUCGACGUCAAGAACUGCGCCAACAGACUGAAGGGCCUGGUUCAGACUAUUGCGGAAUACUACCAUGAGCAAAUCGAAGAGCAUCCCGACCCGGAGGAUCUAGCGACUAGGGCGGGAAAGGCACUGCUUGACAUCCUCGACGGCGUCGCUGACCGCGACUUUGACGCAUACGAAAACAUUACGUGGAGUAGCGAGCAUCCUACGGACCCAAAAGAUCGCAAUCUAUUUGUGUUCUUGAUCUAUGCCCGUCCAGAAGACGAAGGGCUGUUCGUCUUGGACACGCUUCAGGGUCUCCCACAAGACGGCGUCAUUCGACAUCACUGGGCGCUAAUUCAAGGGAUCCUCGAGAAACUCAACCGUUCCAAUCUCUGGACGCCGCAGGAAUACAUGGAUGCCUUCCGCACGCUCUACCCGGAGACCAGAAAGAGGGCUGCUUCCGAGACUGGUGGAAGUAGCGCGAAGAGACCCAUGCAAUAG